CCAUCACAUGAUCAUUUAUUAUACACGUUUAAUAUAUUUGUAUUUUUGUAACAUAAAUGUUCAACCUAUCGUAAUUAAAAACACUUGUUAUUGAGAGUGUUUUCAGAUCUGUAGCCUAUGUCGCUAUAUACUUUAAGAACAAAAAGAGUCUCUUUGACAAAUCUGAAUAAUUGAAAGGGCUUUCCUGUCUCUACAACAGCGCGAAUCUCUUAGCAACGGUACACACCUCCAGGCAACGAGCCUGUAACGUGGUGCAAUGCGGUCUACAUAGAACAAUUGAUAGUAAAAUGAUGGAAAGGUGAUUGGCCGGCCUCUCUCUGACCCCGCCCACGCUACCAGGCGGCUCUGUGUACACAAUCCAGACUGAAUGAAACUUUCUCUCUUCUAUUCCAGGGAUGCAGCAAUAAAUUUUCUACGCCAUGCCGCCAAAGAAAAAAGGGAAAGCAAACAGCAAAAAGGAAAAGCCUAAAAAGAGUACACCGGAACAAGAUGAUGGAUUUACAGAAAAGUACAGGAGAAGUGUCCUAGAUGUGGCUGUUCUAAAAGAGCAUCUUGCUCUAAGGUCCAGUGUAGCACGUCAGGCCACCGCAGUCAGAGAUGACUUGAAAAGUCAAAUAAGAGAUUUGGACCAAGUGCUUACUCAAGAGAGAUCAGACAUGAAGGACAUCACUGCAGAUCUCAAUCGUCAAUAUAAAUCAAUGGAAACGGAUCUGCAGACUAAAGUAGACAGGCUAGAAGUGAGUGUGGACUUGCUUCAGACACAACUGGCCGAGUGUCAGGUUCAAUUAAAAUCCGAGCGAGAGCAACGAGAGCAGAGGGAAGCGGAGAAAGAGGCCAUAAUUUCUGACCUCCAGUGCAAGCUGGACAGCAUGGAGAGAGAGUGCGAGAAGAUCAUGCACGGUUGUCUGGAUAGUUUGCUUUCUCAGCUGGCUGAGACUCGGUUGCAUUGGGAGGAGCAGAGUACAGUCAUUCAUCAGGAGGUCAAGGACACGCUCGUUGACUUCGGGAUAAAUCCACUUUACAUAUGAGGACAUCUUCAGUUUCACUGUUGAAAGGAACUGGUCAGCAAAGUUUUCGUGUUUUGGAUACUUGUCUUGAACCUGGGUUGGGAGCACAACUCAUUGACAUCAAAUCAGUAAUCAUGUAAAGGCAUGUCAAGAUAGACUAAUAGACCUGAUGGGAACAUUUGCAUUUGUUUAUAAUAUAAAAAAUGGCCAUUUUAAAGCUGAGUUAGUUAGCUUCUUCAUUACAUUCCGCACUAACUAAAAAGUAUUCUUAUGCAAAGAUUAUAGAGUAGUCUAUGUCAGAUUUAAAUUUCACUCCAAUGCAUAUUUAUAUAACUGUGUAUGUGACAAAUAAUCUUAAAUCUUUAAAGCUGUCAAACUGAGUUCCCAUUGUUCAAAAAUGAAGGAUGAAGCCCCAGGAUAUCUAAUUUUCUAGUUAAAUUAUGCCUUUGAGAAGAGUAAUUCAUUCCUGCUAUUCUUACACAAUUUCUGAAAGCAGUCAAAUCUGUUGGCAAUAAUGAAACAUUGUGGUUUUUGAUAAAAACAGUAUUCAUCACAUGAGAACAUAACGACCUUUUAUGUCAAAUUAAUAACCUUUUAUUAUGUUAUCAUUGUUCUUUUCAUAGCAAUUUGUAGUACAUUGUCUGCAGACACUUGUUUGUGCCUUUACAUUACUAAUGAUUGUACUCCACUCAAAAGUGCAGCUCACUCUGCGACCAGCAGAUGACUCUGUUGGCUUAUUUUUUCUUGUUUGUUCUUCCAUUGGUCAUUGCUAUUUAAUUAAACAUAAUGAAACUCAAAUUCUUCAAAUAAAA